AUGCCCGACCUAGCUAAGUCUACGGGUCUCAUUAGUGAUGAACAGCAGAAACGAUCACAACCGUCUGAUCGACCUACCUGCGAUGCAUUGACUCCGCUUACUUACCCGUGUCCACAUUGCCCUCGUAAGCUUCGCCACCUCAAGCUAUUGAAUGCUCACAUCCUCAAUUACCACAAGACGGUUGCCUCUGGCUCAUCUCACGGGUCAGAUUCAUUCAUUGAUAUAGUGACAACACAGACGACAACAACCUCUACUACAGCGUCUUCUCCAGCUCUUCAACCGAUGGUAAUUACGAUGAGUAUUACCAGUGACCGUAUGAGUGCUACUCCAGUGUCUGCUGCUACACCUCUCUUACGCAAUCUCUCACCGAUGCCCGGGGCUUCAUGCGAGGCAAAGCGACUAUCUAGACACACGCCUUCAUCAAUUAAUCUCAGGCCAAGUGGAGGUAGUGAAUCUGAAAUUUCGAUGAGUGACAUAAAAGUUAAGUCGCCACUUCGAGACCAGACCAGAGAGGGUUCACGAACCACCUCGGCCCCUGAAGCUCAGGGUAAACUGGUGCGACGUAUUUCGUGA